CGUUUGCCUUACUAAAAUCCGGUGGCGUCGCUCGAGUGCUACCUGCUACUACGUACUGUACUGACAGCUAGGCAUACUACAUUAAUUGAUCUAGCCACUGCAUAUAUUAUAACUUUCCUCUAGUUUAAGCGUCAGUAUUAAGGUCAAGAUGUUUGAGGAGGCUAGUGAGGUGUUCGAUAACAUGUUUAAGUCCUCUUUCCCCUUGACUUUCAUUGUUUUUAUCCCGGCGGUGUUGAUUCUCGUCUCUCCCCUUCCAGCCGAAGCCGCACAUGAAUUUACCGUGUACCGCAUGCAGCAGUAUGACCUGCAGGGACAACCGUACGGUACUAGAAAUGCCAUACUGAACACAGAGGCCCGCACAGUGGAGGCAGAGGUCCUUAGCCGCCGCUGUGUGAUCAUGCGGCUGGUGGACUUCUCUUAUGAGAGAUACCAGAAAGCCCUGCGCCAGUCCGCAGGGGCUGUGGUCAUCAUUCUCCCGAAGAAUAUGUCCACUAUGCCACAGGACAUAGUACAGCAGUUCAUGGAGCUGGAGCCUGAGAUGCUGGCCACUGAGACGAUCGUCCCGGUAUACUUCGCCCUGGAGGACGACGAGCUGCUCUCAAUAUACACACAGACCCUCACCUCGUCCUCUUCCCAGGGAUCCUCAUCCGCAGCGGAAGUUCUCAUACACACAGCCACAGCCAACGGCUUUCAGAUGGUGACGAGUGGGGCUCAGAGCAAGGCAGUCAGUGACUGGUCCAUAACAAGUCUAGAGGGGAGACUGGCGGGAACUGGAGGGGAGGACCUCCCCACAAUCGUCCUGGUGGCUCACUAUGACUCCUUUGGUGUGGCUCCGUGGCUGUCCUAUGGAGCGGACUCUAAUGGUAGUGGAGUGUCUAUGCUGCUGGAGUUAGCCAGGCUCUUCUCCAGGCUCUACACCUACAAGAGAACUCAUGCCGGAUACAACCUGCUGUUCUUUGUCUCUGGAGGAGGAAAGUUCAACUACCAAGGAACUAAGAGAUGGCUGGAAGACAACCUGGAUCAUACAGACUCGAGUCUGCUGCAGGAUAAUGUGGCGUUUGUGUUAUGUCUGGACACCUUGGGGAAUGGGGACAGUCUGCACCUGCACGUGUCCAAACCACCUAAAGAGGGAACCCCCCAGUAUGCCCUGCUCAAAGAGCUGGAGACUGUGGUGUCCAGUCAGUACCCAGAGGUCAAGUUUUCCAUGGUGCACAAGAAGAUCAACCUGGCAGACGACACACUGGCGUGGGAACACGAGCGCUUCGGCAUCCGACGGCUGCCGGCCUUCACGCUGUCCCACCUCAACAGCCACCGCGAGGCGCAGCGCUCCAGCAUCAUGGACGUGCGGUCAGUGUCCCCGUCUUCUCGCCACGGGGCGGGAGAGCACCCUGCUGGACCUCAUGUGGAUCUGCGUAAACUCAGCAGGAACACCAAGCUUAUUGCAGAGGCACUGGCCAGAGUCAUCUACAACCUCACAGAAAAGGGUGCUCCUGGAGACCUGCAGAUCUUCACUGAACAAAUGCAGGUGCAAGAGGAGCAGCUAUCGUCAGUUGUGGACUGGCUGACCGCCCAGCCGCGGGCUGCCCAGCUGGUGGACAAGGACAGCAGUGUGGUCAGCACCCUGGAGUACCACCUGGGUCGCUACCUGAAGGAUGUCCGCAGACACUACGUCAAGGCUGACAAGAGAGACCCAGAGUUUGUGUUCUAUGAUCAGCUCAAACAAACCAUGAACGCUUACAGGGUUAAACCAGCAAUCUUUGACCUGCUUCUGGCGGUCUGCAUUGCAGCCUACCUCGGAGUGAUAUAUCUGGCUAUCCAGCACUUCGGGGUUCUCUACAGCCUGGUGCGCAGAAUUACAGCACCCAAGACCAAGCAGCAUUAAGGCCUUUACACUGAUCCAGACUCUAAUCCACCUCUGACUACAGUGCCCUAGCCAAUAACAAAACACAUUACAUGACAAGGGUGGACCAAGCAGCUCCUGUAUCUUCUUUUUCUACCUAAUCUACCGCCUUUGAUCCUGUUUGGAAAUGAAACGUGUGUAAUAAUCUCUCUGCCAUUUGUCCAUCUAGUUGGUUUCCUUCAAUGUCUGUCCAGUCAUAAUGCAUUCUCUGGUCUUGGUGUCAAACGUGACCCUCUCGUACACCCCAAUCCCACAUCAAGCCCUAGGUCUGUACUUUGUUCCCUUGUGGUCCGAACAAAUUUGAUGGCAAUAACCAACACAGGGAUUUCUUGCCCUCCGGUAGGCUUAGUAUCAUUUUAACUGUUACAACCAUCCAGUCUGCUGAUCUCCCAAAGUGCGUAAUAAGUAUGGGUUAUAGGUUGAUGUGAGGUUGGGCAUUUUUAAUAACACGGUUCAUUCCUUAGCGCCCUGUAGUGGGAAUUUUGCCAAACUUCAUUGGGUCAUCUUCUUGGGCAGCUAUUGAGUAGCAGGAGAGUGACAGUCCAGAAAUGAGACAGUAAUAAUUGAUUAAAUGGAUUGUCAUUGUAUUAGGUACCCAUGACUGAAUUGUUUUCUAAUCCAAAUUAGUUUUCUGUAAAAACAAACAAAUAUAUAUAAUUAAUUAAAAAUGGAAUGUUGUGUGGACAAUGAAAAUCUUGGCAUUGUUAGUGGACUAAUGAAAUUAUAUAUGAACAUUACAAUUAUAAAUUGUCCCUCAUCUCACCUCUUGACAUGCUCUAGAAAAUACUUUUUGUUCGGUUUCACCCCUUUUGUAGACACAUUUGUUAACUAGUAUUUCAGUGUGACUUAAUGUGACUUUGUUUUGAUACAAAUGCCCUUUUUAAAAUGUGAACACUAGACCCUCACGUUCCUGUUUCUUUUCCCUGAGAUCUGUUGCAAUAAGGCCACAGUCUACCAACCAGGACAUGUUUAUUGCAAAAUAGUGGCUCCACAUUAACAUGCAGACACAGCAUGUUGAAAUACCCCCUUGCUCUCAAGUCUUAAAGGCAAAAUGUGUUGGUAGAACAAAUGUAGCCAUUGGAGGGAGUCUGAAAAUACCAGUGUGUUGUCUAUGUCGCCCAGGCUUGGGUCGUGAGGUAAGCGUGGAGGACACCGCGCUUGAAUGCUGUUUUUGGCAUUAUUGCACAUUAUACUGCUUGGCGUAUUGCUCCAGCAGUCAGUGACAGCAAAUGGACAGGUGCGGUUCCCCCUGUCUACAGAAGGGGGAAAAGCUGUGUGGUACAUUUUAAUUUAUUGAAGCAGACGAUGCUGAACUGUGCACUGAUUUGAACUCUCCCUUUUCCAAGACCUUUUGUCCAACGCCUUCAUUUUACUUUUGCCUCAACUGUGUUUUUACCUGAUCCUCAAAAACUUGAUUUUUGCAAAGAUUACAUUAAGAAUAAAUGUUUGUUGAAGUCAA